GCGUUGUCAAUCCAUCAGUGUUCGAUUUAAUUUCAUCAGUGAAUAUCGUACUCUUUUUCUGUUAGUGUCCUCACUAACUGUUUCGAGAUGUUGUUCAGCCUGAUAAUAUCAGGUUGGUUGCUCCUGGCGGUGUCCGCUGCCAGUGUGCAAAUUGAUAAAACCGAGGACAAAGUAAAGCAGAAACGUCACGCCGGUGGCGGUUGGUCUUCGUAUCCGGUUUCGGAUUACCUUUCACCGGAUUAUAGUUCACUGUAUUAUCCGCAAUACGAUCCGGUCUACUUUCCGGAAACUGCACCACUCUACUACCCGUACGAUCCAGUAUAUUAUCCGAUGUACGAUCCGGUGUACUAUCCAAAGUAUGAUCCCGUGCCGUUAGUCGAUGCCUACAAGCCACCGUAUGUCGCUCCGAAGAAGCCGUGCAACAAGAAGAAGGUCGUCACAACCACUUACAAACCACCGCCGAAGAAGUUUUUCCCAACGGAUCCCCCAACAACCCGUCGUCCCUAUUAUCCAACGGCCCGCCCCCUUUAUACGACGGCCAGGCCCUACUACACAACCCCUCGCCCUCGUUAUCCCCUCCCAGCAGACCCCCCUCGCCCUCAUUAUCCCCUCCCAACAGAUCCCCCUCACUACCCAACCCCUCGCCCGUAUUACCCUAACAACCAUUAUUCAACCACGGCACAACCCAACAUCAAUCACAUCGAUCAGGACAGCCCGAUCCAAGAUCUGGGAUCGGCCCUGCUGUCCGGAGGCAAACCUCUCCUCAAGGUGACACUGUUGGAAACUUUGCUGAAUCAGCUUUCCACCACAACGACCACGAGCACCCCCACGCCACGCCCUUACGACAACCAUUACACAUAGAAGGAUCCCAGCAGGCGGCGAGCGCAAGAGGAGAAGUUUACUACGAUCAUCGAGAAAAACGCAAAUCCAUCUGCGCACUCUGAACAGAUUGCUGUGUAACCAAGUGGAACAUUCAAUAAACCGAUUUAAAAAUAUAA